GGUGGGGUUGCGUGCGCUUCUUAAAAUCCCUUAUCAACACUUCCGGAACUCCUUUCUGGGAUCGGGGCUCUCAGUGUGUUUAUGAGUGCGUGCGUGUAUGAGUGUACACUAAAGGUACACCGCAAGCAUCUGCUCCUCUGCUCCCUUUUCGGCUACUUCCUCCUUGGUUUACGGACCGGAAGAAUUUUAAACCAAAAUAGCUCGGCGGGCACUUCCGGGACGGGAGACCAGGGUUCCGAGAGGGUGCUGGAAGGAAACCGAGAAGCGGCGGCGGCGGCGGCUGGAGGAUGAAGAAGGAGCAUGUGCUGCACUGUCAGUUCUCCGCGUGGUAUCCACUGUUCCGAAGCCUUACCAUUAAGAGUAUCAUUCUUCCACUUCCUCAGAAUGUGAAGGAUUAUUUACUGGAUGAUGGAACUCUGGUGGUUUCAGGAAGGGAAGAUCCACCAACAAGUUCCCAGCCAGACAGUGAUGAUGAGGCAGAAGAAAUACAGUGGUCAGAUGACGAGAACACAGCCACGCUUACGGCACCAGAAUUUCCUGAGUUCACCACUAAAGUCCAAGAAGCUAUCAAUUCCCUGGAGGGCAGUGUGUUUCCUAAGCUUAACUGGAGUGCCCCAAGGGAUGCAUACUGGAUAGCCAUGAAUAGUUCUCUGAAAUGUAAAACCCUCAGCGACAUCUUUCUACUGUUCAAGAGUUCUGAUUUCAUCACUCGGGACUUCACUCAGCCAUUUGUUCAUUGUACUGAUGACACCCCAGAUCCUUGUAUCGAAUAUGAGCUUGUUCUUAGAAAAUGGUGUGAAUUAAUUCCUGGGGCUGAGUUCCGAUGUUUUGUCAAAGAAAACAAGCUUAUUGGUAUUUCUCAAAGGGACUACACACAAUACUAUGAUCAUAUUUCUAAACAAAAGGAAGAGAUUUGCAGGUGCAUACAAGACUUUUUCAAGAAACACAUACAGUAUAAAUUCUUAGAUGAAGACUUUGUGUUUGAUAUAUAUAGAGACAGCAGGGGGAAGGUGUGGCUGAUUGAUUUUAAUCCAUUUGGUGAAGUAACAGAUUCACUGCUUUUCACUUGGGAAGAACUGAUAUCUGGAAGAAACUUAAAAGGUGAUUUUCGUGAGGGAGAUGCUCCAGAACAGGAUUCUCCAGCUUUCCGGUGUACAAACAGUGAAGUUACAGUUCAACCCAGUCCCUAUCUGAGUUACCGACUGCCCAAGGAUUUUGUAGACCUGUCUACUGGAGAAGAUGCUCACAAACUCAUAGAUUUUCUUAAACUGAAAAGAAAUCAGCAAGAGGAUGACUGAGUAGAGCCUCUAGUAUUGGAGACGGAGUUAAAGAGGAAA